AUGAGCGAUUUUAAUUUGUCUAUGAAUUCGUCGUCCGACAGCAGUGAUAUUAUUAGUUUCCAGUCAAUCGAUAACGACUCGUUGGCAGUUGUCAACCAACGAUAUUACGGAAAUUCGAUCGCCGUUACUCCCGUUUUACCGCAGUCUAAGUGUAUAAAUCAAAAUAACCAGAAAUCAUUAACAUGGAAUAUAUCGUUGACUGAUGAACAAGAUGAAGUAUCAAAAAACUUUUUAAGGAUGUAUAAUGAACCAAUAACAGUUGCUGAAAAAUUUGGUCCAGCUAUUUUAACGGUUCCCGAGAACAUCAGAAAACAAGCUGAUGAAUUAUUCAAACCUUCGGAAAUCAGCCCAAACGAAAUAUUUGAUUGGGUAAAUACCAAAGUCUCGUGGAUUCUUCCAACUAGUUAUCAACAAUACCUUAAGUCUAUUCCUUCAAACGUGCUCGAGAAGAGGGAAAGACACGUGCUGUACCCUUGGACGCAGUGGAACAUGUCGACCGGCACACAGCGCCGUCCGUCGCUCAACAUAACCGUAGCGUCUCCGGCGGCGUCCGACCGUUCCAUGUCGUCGUCGUUGUCGUCGUCCGCCGCUCACGCGGUGCACGGCAGAUCGCCUGCAAACAACUAUAACAACAAUAACAAUAACAACAAUAGCAGCAGCAGCAGCAACAACAACAACUCGUUUGGUUACUGGCACGGUGGCGGCGGAGUAGCGGCGGCCACAGCUGACUGCACGCUGUCGUCGUCGUCGGCCAGCGAACUGAGCUUUUCGCAUUGGACGUGUGUCGAUGCCACGUCGUCACCGCAACAGCAGCAACAACAACAGCAGCAGCAACAGCAACAACAGCAGCAGCAGCAAUACCAUCACCACCACCACCACCACCAACGCCAGCAACAACAGUUGGUCGCGGGUUGGACACCGGUGGCCGUCCAACCGUCGCCGUCCGACUGCGGCCGGUCGGUGUCGUCGGCCGAAUUCGCGCAGUACAACGCCACCGCCGCGGACGGCCGUUCGCCGUCACCGACCACGGCCGUCCGCUGGUCGUCCCGCCUGUUCUACUGCGUGAACGCCGACGACAACACGAUCAACAAGCUGGUGGAGCACUACUGCACGUUCUGCUACAAGAACCACGAACCGCGAGGUGUACGGCGGCCACCUGGUCGGGACGACACGCGCACCACUUGUCCCAGCUCAGGGCGCUCCGGUGCAAGCACUGCAACGGCACCGGCGACAACGCGCACACCAUCAAGUACUGUCCGUUUCUGUACUCGAACUACAGUUAGACGUGCGAUCGGGGGAUGGUUGAUGGGAGAUAGUGGAGGUGGGGGUGCGACCGGCGACCGUUGA